AUGCUUGCAGAGUCAAUAAAAAGAGUGCCAGAAGAGUUCCAAUACGACCCGGUGAGCAAGUCGUACGGCGACCCGACCCGGCGGCCCGAGAUCAAGUCGGCCACGAUAGAGUUCAUCGCGCCUGGUGAAUACAUGCUGCGGCCUCCGCAGCCGGCCGUCUAUCUGUUUCUGAUGGACGUGUCGCAGAUAGCGCGGGACUCUGGAUACUUGCAGGUGGUAUGCGACACGCUGAAGGCGCAGCUAGAAAACCUCCCCGGGGACGCGCGCACACAGAUCGGCUUCGUGUGCUUCGACGCGCACGUGCACUACUACCUCAUGAGCGACGGCCUCACGCGCCCCAAGGAGAUGACCGUGCUCGACAUCGACGACGUAUUCCUACCAUCCCCGGAAUCCCUGUUAGUAAACUUGGGAGAGCGGCGUGAGAUGAUCAAGGAGUUACUGACCGUUCUACCGCAGCGGUACUCAGCGCCUGGCGUCCCUGCUUCCGCAUUGGGGGCAGCGCUGCAAGCCGCUUACAAGCUCAUGGCACCGACUGGAGGACGGAUAACGGUAUUCCAAACGUGUUUACCAAACGUUGGGCCCGGCUCGUUACAACCAAGAGAGGACCCGAACGCGCGGUCUUCCAAAGAUGUGGCGCAUCUAAACCCAGCAACAGAUUUCUACAAACGACUAGCUUUGGACUGCAGCGGCGCGCAAGUGGCUGUCGACCUAUUUCUACUAAACUCGCAGUACUCAGACCUUGCUACGCUUAGCGGCAUGAGCAAGUUCAGUGCGGGCACGGUGUACCAUAUCCCACUAUUUCGUGCCAGCCGCACGUGGCAGGCCGAUCAACUCACGCGAAUGUUCGCGCGAUACUUGACCAGGAAGAUUGGAUUCGAGGCUGUCAUGAGGGUGCGAUGUACGAGAGGCAUAUCGAUCCACACGUUCCACGGCAACUUCUUCGUGCGGUCCACGGACCUGCUAUCGCUUCCCAACGUGUCGCCGGACGCGGGCUUUGGCAUGCAGCUGGCCGUGGACGAGUCGCUGGCCGACCUGCAGCAGGUCUGCUUCCAGGCGGCGCUGCUCUACACCAGCAGCAAAGGCGAAAGGCGGAUACGAGUGCACACGAUGGCGCUGCCGAUCGCCAGCACGCUACCCGACGUUUUACACGCUGCUGACCAGCAGUGCAUCAUAGGAUUACUGGCUAAAAUGGCGGUGGACCGCUGCGUAUCAGCGUCGAUGUCGGAAGCGCGAGAGGCGCUCAUCAACGUAGCAGUAGACGUGCUGUCUGCCCAUAGACUGGCGCAGAACCUUCCCGUCGGCGCACAUUCGGCCGCCUUACACGCGCCCGCUUCGUUGAGACUACUGCCGCUGUAUCUAUUGGCACUACUUAAGCGGAGAGCCUUCCGCACCGGCACAUCGACACGGCUAGACGAUCGAGUAGCUGACAUGUGCGACAUGAAGACGCUACCGCUAUCCAGCCUACUGCGCGCGGUGUAUCCCGACUUGUAUCCAAUACACGAGUUAUUGUCGCACGCGCCCGAAGCGCACGAAGACGCCGCGCCCGACCCGCCGCGUCUGCAACUGUCGGCUGAGAGGAUAAAUAUAAACGGCGCGUACCUUCUCGACGACGGCGAGACGAUGAUCAUCUACGUGUGCCACGGCGUCAGCCCCGCCUUCCUGUCCGACACAUUCGGCGUGGCCGCCUUCAGCCAGCUGCCCGACGAGGCGCGGUCCCUGCCGCCAGUCGACAGCGACGGCGCCGCCGCCCUGCACUCGCUCAUCGACAAGCUGAACGACGACCGUCCCUACCCGGCCAACAUACUGCUCGUCAAGGACAAUUCGCCGUCGCGGCAAGUGUUCACGGACCGGCUAGUGGACGACCGGGUGGAGUCCGCAUUCUCCUACUACGAGUUCUUGCAGCACGUCAAAAGCCAAGUGAAAUGAGAGAUGCUUUCGCCGCGGGGACCCUACGCGGAGACAGAGUUGGGACGCAUCCCACGCAUCGUAGUCCGGCUUGAGUUAGAGUACCGCGAGAGCAAAUGGCAAGCGGUCGACAUUCGCACAGACACUGAAUAAAUUAUUCACACGUGUAAAUAAAUUGACUAUUCCAAGAACCGUUCGGUGUGAUGUUAUUCAUUUCUCAGUGUUAUUCGAUGUCAAGUUGUUUAUAUCUCAGCGUUAGAACGAAACCAAAUUUUAAAGUGCUGUUAAGACUUUUUAACAUAUUCUCUUAUGACUGACGACUCCUGCAUUGUUCUCGUAAUUUCACUAAGUUUAGGCUAUGUUAUUUGGAAACAUGUUUUUAUCGAUAUUCUCGUCUGUUUUUUGUUCAUAGACAAUUUUUUUUUUGCCUAAAUAUGUAUUUUGUCUAGUUAUCUGAAAGUGGCUUUAACUUACUAGUACGUACAAAAGUGAAGCCUCGGCUGUCAUACUGAAAUGCAAGUGACGAAGUCUAUAGUUUCUAAAUAUUACUGCAAAUGCAAUAUUGUAGCAAUAUUCUGCAAAAAUAUUUUUUAGUCCAGUUUCCCCUCAAUAUGGCGGUCGUCGCCCAUAGACUAGUACAAGUAAUUAGCGGAUUGUUAAAUGCUUAUUUUCGAUUGAAGUUUUAUAUUAUAGAACGUCAAUGUCACAUCUGUGGAUUAUGCCUAUCUUACCAUGAUAGCUAGAGAAGGUAAUAUCAAUCACCUGGCAUUGGCCUAUGAUCGCGCCGGCGAUGGCGUUCUGCACGCGUUGGUGUGUUUGAAGCUUUAGUAUUACGAGGUUAUUGACCUUGAAGCGAGACCGAAAUUCAUCAUAAUUGUGCCUGAAGGGUUAAGCUACUGAUGUUUGUAGUUUUGAAUCUCUCUCUCGCACAUUCCGAAAUGCUAUCAUGUGUGACACAGACAGAGCCGAGAAUACGAAUGUUGCCGUUAUCAGUCUACUAUUAUUACUAGUCCGCUAUAUUUAGACUUUUUUAGUAACGUGCCAGUUUCCAAAUUACGGCAGCAAUAAAGUCACGAGGCUACAUUGAAAUUUAUAGUACAUAAUGUGAUAAAAAUUAAUUUUUAUACGUGAAUGUUCCCCAAGAAGCAGCUUGUCGGCCUUUAAGAGAUUUGCCAGUUUCUGUUUUAGAGUAUAAUAAUGUUUUUCCACAAUUUAUCCACAUGAUAGUACCUAGAGGUACAGAACAAUUCCCUGCCAUUGAAAUAGUGAUUAAAUUGUUAGACUAUUUACUAUAUUUUUAGCAUAAUUACAGACCAGUGUUAUUCGAGUUAGUUAACUGACAGUCGAACCAUCGACAACAUUGUCAGAAAUUAUGCGUACACUCAAUGUGAAAACCGUUAAUUGCCCAGUCUCUCAAAGGACCAAAAUAUAAUUUCUUGACGGACAUUUAUCUCGAAUCUAGGUAUCGGUGUGUUAUUUUUGGUUUUCGUUCGAAACUUGCUUAAGUUGUAAACGGCGCUCGUGGAUAAGAUGCUUUCUAUAUUUUUCGUCCCGUUGUCUUAUUGUUAACUCGAUACGACACGACACAAGCAAAAAAACGGUUAAGGACACACACUAGGUCCGCCAACAACAUGUCAUAAGUGGACGACUUGUGUCGGCGGGUCAGUGGGUUAGUUCUUGAUGUUUUCUGAACAUUGUUCCACGACUUACAAUAAUUCACAAAAAAAAACGAUACAUCUAACUUAUUUUGUAAAUUGUUAGUAGAACGCUGUUCGGAAGAAUGACUGAAAACUAUAACCGAUGUUCUUUGAAAAGCAUGUUAGCAUCUUGUCUGAAGGUCCAGAACUUGCAUUGUGUCAUUUAGGUUCAAUAUUGUGAAUAUGUUGGCAUCAGCUGUUGGCGUGUGACGUCACUUAUACUUUGUAUCACAUUUUAGACAUUAUAUUGUUUAGAAUUAGAGUUCAGUGUUCGAUGCACAGGCGAACGGUUAGGUGAAUGAAAUGAUGAAUGCUAUAUUACAUAAUCCACUUUGUAACGGAAUCUUAUAGAUAAAAUAUGGUGUUAAUUACAACCUAUGUUAUUUUUCGUUUUUGUCGGAGUGAACCAAAAACAUUUAGAUGUUGUAAUAAACAAAUACGGCUUUUGUGAUCGAUAUUUUUAUGGUUUAUUCAUAGCAUGAGAAGCGACUACGGAUAUAGUAUAAUUAUUUAUGUGAUAGGCUAAGGUUAGCGUAGGAUUAUUAAAUGUUGGUUGUUUGGGACGUUAUGAACAUGAAUUAUGUUGUAAUCGAACACUGGACAAUAUUAAUCUUGUUUAUUGUAAAUUAAUUAUAAUAGGUCGCGGUAGGUCGCGGUUUAUUGUUGCAUGUAUGGACGAUUGGAUGCGCAAUAAAAAAAUGGUUGACAUAGACUGUCGAAUCAAAUUCCUUUUGUAUAUUUACAUUCGUUUAAAAUUAGAUAUUUAUAAAUGCACUGGUUCAGCUAUUUCUUUAUUUCGCAUUCGUGCAAAUGUUCUGUGUAUAUUGUAUAUGUACUAUUGGUAUAAUUCGUUAUGGAUUUCGUGUAUAAAAUAUAUUAUAUAAUUUUUUUGUAUCCUUCAAUAGCGUAGCGUGUAGUACACUACAUAAAUAUGUGUUUCGUAAGGUGUUUCUAUAAGAUCUUUAGGGACUACAUAUUUUUGAGUUGACUGUACCUUGAAUGCCUAAAGCGUCCAUUGCGCAUACCUUUACUCUUUUUUCGUACAAUAUCGUUUAUAAUUUUGUUGUAACCCUGUGCUUAGUCGUGUCUAUGAUUUUAUUUUUUUAAACCAUGUAUUUUAACUUCGAUAUAUUAAAAAGUUUGUAAAUUAAAAAAAUAUUAUUUAUGAAAUUGUAGGUAGAAUGUUUUACACUGAAACGAGCUGCGUUCUUUGUUACAUGAAGAGUCGAGUCUUGGCUAGUGUAUAAAAUAUAAUAAAAUCAUGUUGGAUAAGC